UUUCAAUAUUAAACAAUAGUGUAGGAAAAAGCCCAAUAAAAUUAUAAUGUAGGAACAUAUUACACAGGCAAUAUAUUGUGCAAACUCAUUAUACUCGUACCUACAUGGUUUUAAAGAACUUGAUAAAACUUUAGAUUAUCUAUUAUUUCACUGGUGACCAGACACACUGUAGAAUACCUGAUUUGUCACAUAUUUGGAGAAUACGCUAAGUAUCAUGAGUAGGUAGAGUCUUAUAGACUAAGAGCUAGUGAACGCCAGACCUACGUCACUUCUAAUUAUUGCCCAAAUAUUAUACAUAAAAAUCAGAUUUUCCCCUACAGCCAGACAGUUUUGACAGUUCCAACUCCUUGCCAGACUGUUUUUUUAGGGUAGCUCCCAAAGUCACCAUGACCCAAACUUCAUAAUUCACCAACAUUAUAUCCUCUAUUGGGAGCAUAGGUACGCUGACAAACUUUCAGCUUUUAUAAAAUAACGUAGGUCUGGCGUUCACUAGCUCUUAGUCUAUUAUAUUAAAAGGAUGCCAACGAUUUCAAAGUCACCCUGUAUAUACUUAAGUUAUAAGCCUAUAGCUUAAAUACGUUAGGAAUCUGUUGGUUGCGGUUUGCGUUCUACCUGUGACCUGAAAGGCUGUAUUAGCAUUAACGACAAAUUGUAAUGUAUUGUUAUAUGGAACACAACAACAACAUUGUAUUAUGUUUUUCAUGCUAGCCUAGAUACAGCUGACCUCUCACAAAAUUAAUUGAAAGAAAUUUUAAUGCUUAAUGUAAUUUUGAUAGAUUUAUAAUUUAUUAUUCUCGGGCAUCACGUGCAAUUAUGUCGCUGACAAAAAUUAAAUCUACAUCAUCCAUUUUGAAUUAAGUCGUCGGUGAUCACUUCGUCAUGAAAGUCGUUUUUGUGAUCACACUCGUCGUUGCAAUAAGCAGGUGUCUUCAAAUAAUCCCUGAGAGAGCAAGUGUCGUAUACGCAAAUGAGAAAUACGUCGCCAACGCCUCCGCCUUCGUCACUCGAUAUGGGCGGAAUAGCCCUUACUACAUGAAUAUCAUUGGUGUAAAUAAACAUACAUGGGGCAAUAACGUAACGAUAAACUUGGUGCUCCACGAGUACCUCCACAACGAGUACCGGCGCUCCUUCGUGGAGUUCCACUUCAAGCUGUGCGACAUGAUCAACUCGGACCCGUACGUGGGCGCCAUGGUGGCCAACGUUGGGAUCACUUGCCCAGUACCACCGAAAUUGCAACGUUUAGUAAACAUGACAGUGCCGUCGACUGUCAAUUUCAAAUUCAAGUGGCCUUUCAAGAAGUGCAUGGCGCAGGUGGAGUUCGCGCUCACGUCGACCGGCGAGUCGAUGGCGAUGGGCAACUUCUACCUCACUUUCGCUGAUAAGAAGUUUCAGCUGUAAUUUUAUGAAAAUUAAAGUUUUGAAACUAUAACUAGUGUAAUUACUACAGUAAUGGGCAAAAAUAAGGCAAGAAAGUACCUACCUAUGUACCUAUGUUAGGUAGUACCUAAUCCAAUUUAUUUUAUUCAAGUAACAAGAUUUAUCACAACACAAAGCCUUACAAUUUACAAUAUACCUAAGGUUUAUUUAAUGUAAAAAAUUGACAGUAGGUAACAUACAGGGUGUAAAAAAACCUAUCACGAAGACUGAAACUACGCCUUCUGUACACCCAACCAAGUAAUAUUACAAAAUAUUAUUGGUGGGAAAUAUUUUUUAUUUUUAUGAUUAAAAAUAAUACAAU